AGCGGCGCUGCGCAAAGAGAUGGUGGGGUUGCGGCAGUUGGACAUGUCCCUGCUGUGCCAGCUGUGGGGCCUGUACGAGUCAAUCCAGGACUACAAGCACCUGUGCCAAGACUUGAGCCUGUGCCAGGACCUGUCAUCUUCCCUGCAUUCAGACAGCUCCUACCCACCUGAUGCUGGCCUGUCCGAUGACGACGAACCUCCUGAUGCCAGCCUGCCCCCAGACCCACCUCCCCUCACUGUGCCCCAGACGCACAAUGCCCGUGACCAGUGGCUGCAAGAUGCCUUCCACAUCAACCUCUGAAGAGCUGGGGGGGUGGGGGUGCAUGUACCCAUGCAAAAGGCUCAGAAACUUACCCCUCAGCAAGUACUCAGACUGUAGUGCCUGCUUCCCCCUCACCACCUCACCCCACAGGAGGGAAGGCCUGGUCCCUCAGAGGCACAACUGCCAACCUCCUCUCCCGUCGGGUUAGCUGGCACUGGGCAGGCACCUGGGCUACAGCCGCUGCCCCUGGCACUGGACCUCCACUUCUUCCCCGUGUAUGCACCUCGGCUUAGCCAACCUUCAGUCUGUCCGUGGGCCCAGCGCAUCCUCUCUCCCUUGGUAUCUCGGACUGGGAUGCGUAUCUGACUCCCGUCUCCUUUUCACCGUGUGCUGCUGUUGGCAGCUGCUGGCUCAGGGGCAUCCCACCUCCGGUCCCUGGGUUCACUGCCCUCGACCAGGGCUCCAGGACCCAGUCUGGCACCGCCCACAGCCGGGAGGGCCAAGACUCUGCGCAGGAUGUUUAAGUUGAGGGGCCGCCUCCUGGGCGCAUAGAUCAAUAAAUCCUCUCAGCGGCCCAGC